UUAAAAUAUGGAGCAUGAAAUGAAGAAUUCAUCGCCGGAGAUAUUCUCAGUUACGCCGGAAAACAAUAUUCUUGAGUUCAAGUCAUUGCCGGAAAAUAAUAAUAAUCAGAAAAUCCAUGACUGCGCCGUCGCCGGUAACCUGAAAACGGUUGUCACUCCCGAUCGGCUUAAAGUCCCCAAGCCUCUAAAGUACCCUGAAAGAUACAAGAGCCCAACUGAUCAGAUGAUGUCACCAAUCUCUAAGGGAAUUCUUGCAAGAACAAGAAAAGGAGGCGGCGGCAGGCUCUUGCCACCUUCUCUAAUUCAACCCAAGGACUUGACUCUUCAAGAAUUCAGCCUUCCAAAAUGAAGCUAGAGAAGAUAAAGGAAGUCAAAAAGAAACUACUCUUGUUCGAUGGAACAAUGGAGGAUGUUUGAUUUCAAAUAAUAUCAAGUUGUAAGGUC